UUUACCCGGAAUUUAACUUCUCCCCAUAAAAAUCUCCUUUUCUCUUGACUUAUAACUGCGCUCCACAUGAUUAAUUAACCCAUAAUCACGACAUUAAUUCGCUCGUGUUCUUUUUCACAUGACUUUAGAUAAUUCAGCUUCGAACUCCUGAGAAAAAAAAAUCACACACGACCUUUUAUCCUUGCUGCUAUAUAGAUCCCUCCCAGCUUGCUUCUAACUCGUAUUUACGUUUUGUGCGCCCGUCACAAUGUUAAAAAUCGAAACCAACCACACUUGUGGCAAACCCCUGAACGGUUUCUCCAACCCCCUCCCCCAGAACCGGAACCAUGAGGAGUACCAGUACCUCUCCCACAUCCGCCAGAUCCUGGAAAAGGGGGUCCAGAGGAUGGACAGGACCCGCAUCGGGACUCUGUCGAUUUUCGGGGUCCAGAUGCGCUACUCCCUCCGGGAUAACGUGUUUCCGCUGCUGACCACCAAGCGGGUUUUCUGGCGCGCUGUCGUCGAGGAGCUGCUCUGGUUCAUCAAAGGCUCGACGAAUUCGAACGACCUCAAGGAGAAAAACGUGCACAUUUGGGACGCCAACAGCAGUCGCGCGUUUCUGGACUCAGUGGGCUUGGAGGAGUACGAGGAGGGGGACCUGGGGCCCAUCUACGGGUUCCAGUGGCGGCACUUUGGGGCGGAGUACAAGGGGGUCCAGGGGGACUACACGAACGAGGGGGUGGACCAGCUGGCGCGGGUCAUACACACGAUUAGGACGAAUCCGAACGAUCGGAGGAUUAUCAUGUCGGCGUGGAAUCCGAAAGAUUUGCACAAAAUGGCGCUGCCGCCAUGUCACUGUCUGGCGCAGUUUUUCGUGGCCGAGGGCGAGCUGAGCUGUUUGCUGUACCAGAGGGCGGGGGAUAUGGGCCUGGGGGUGCCGUUCAAUAUCGCCAGUUAUGCGCUUCUUACAAGGAUGAUUGCACAUGUUACGGGAUUGAAGCCUGGGGAGUUUAUUCAUAGUAUUGGAGAUAGUCACGUUUAUUUAAACCAUGUUGAGCCGAUCAAGGAGCAAUUGACUAGAGUACCAAGAGCGUUCCCAACCUUAAAUAUUAAAAGACCUGUUAGCAGUAUUGAUGAUUUUACGUUUGAAGAUUUUGAGCUUGUUGGGUACAAUCCACAUCCGAAGUUGUAUCUACCUAUGGCUUUGUAAUUUUUUUAUAUUUGAAGGCACUACCAAACAUUUAAUAAUUUUUAUUUAUAAUGCGGUUUAUUAAACUGGCUUAUGUACGUUUUAGAUGUAAAUAAAUACAAACAUUUUAUACGGAAA